ACUGAUUUAUUGCAGAUGGUAAGAAUGUUGGAUAUACUAGCAGAAUAUAUGUCACAUAGAGGGUUUCAAUUUCAAAGGCUAGAUGGCAGCACUAAGGUCGAACUGCGUCAGCAAGCAAUGGGUCAUUUUAAUGCACCUGGUAGUGAUGAUUUCUGCUUCCUUCUUUCAACUCGGGCAGGUGGCCUAGGUAUCAACCUUGCAACAGCAGAUACAGUUAUCAUAUUUGAUUCGGACUGGAACCCUCAAAAUGACCUACAGGCAAUGAGUAGAGCUCAUAGAAUCGGCCAACAAGAAGUUGUGAACAUCUACAGAUUUGUCACAAGCAAAAGUGUUGAGGAAGAUAUCUUGGAGCGAGCUAAGAAAAGAUGGUUCUUGACCACCUGGUGAUCCAGAAAUUGAAUGCAGAAGGCAGAUUGGAGAAGAAAGAAGCAAAGAAGGGGAGUUAUUUUGACAAG